GGCGGAGUCGUCGUGUAAAUGUAAUUUGGAUACACCAUUGCGUACUAUUCACUUAUGACUAGUGAUAGAUGGAUGGAAGGGGCGGAGAAAGUCAAAGGCUAAAUUGGUCAUGGUUCCACUCAACCGCCCAAGCCGUAGAGGGGCAAUAAUUUAAGUUGAAUGCGGCAGCCGCACCAAUACAAGACCAAAAUUGUAAAUAUAAAAUAGUAAUAGGAAAUAAAUAUGUUAGACAACGAUGGGUGACGGGAUGGGCGUUGCUUCUGAGCCACUAAAAAUUGUAUAAUUUAUUGGGAUACUAUGGUGGUGAGAAUAAUUUAACAGCACUUCGUGGAAUAUUUGGAAAGACGGGGUAUAGGCUGGGAUAUUAAACUACUGUGGUGGCCAUCGCCAUAUUAUAAAUAUAAAAUUAAAUUGAACUACAACAGGGGCGCGUGGAACUCUCUCUCUCCCCUCCGUCACAAUUGUUUGUUCUCACCCCCCGUCCAAAGUCCAAAGUCCAUAAUCAAACAAAGAGACAUCACACCAUGAUGGGGAUGGGGAUGGGGAUGGGGAUGGGGACGGGGACGGGGACGGGGAGCUUCGCGUUCACCCCGGGUAGGCAGGCGGGCAAGGGCAGCCGCACGUUCUUCGUCUGCUCUACUACCAAAAUAUAAAUACAUAAACCUGACCACACACACGAGGAGAAGAAGAGAAGGUAAAUAAUAUUAUUGUAAGUAAUGACAAAGGUAUUCCCAAACGGGGCUUCCUCCUCCUUAACCGACGCCACCCAGACUGUCCUCACCGUGUGGAAGAAAUCUAUGUUGUUGAACUGCGAGGGGUUUACCGUGUUUGACGCCAACGGUAACUUGGCUUACAGGGUCGACAACUACCUCGCCGGCAAUAAGGCCCAAAUCCUUCUCAUGGACGCCACUGGAAACCCUCUUUUCACCAUCCGUCGCAAGAGAUUGAGCCUAGCCGAUAGCUGGGUGGUUUACGAGGGAGAAAGUGGCGUGAAUCCUCGGUUCUCGGCGAGGAAGCAAAUGAAUCUGCUUAAAUCCAAGUGCUUGGCUCGUAUUGUUGAAGGAUCGUGGUCAGGUAUGGGUAUGUGUACGUAUGAGAUCGAGGGGUGUUACGGGAAAAGAUGCUGUGCGGUGUACGAUGAGAAGCGGAGAAUAGUGGCGGAGAUAAAACGCAAGGAGGCAGCGGGAGGGAUGAGCUUCGGGAUGGACGUAUUCCGGCUCGUCGUCCAGCCUCAGAUAGAUACCACAGUAGCCAUGGCCCUCCUCGUCCUACUAGACCAGAUGUUUGGAUCUUCUUCCACUCCAUGAGAGAUUUUCCUGUACCUCUACGCCUCUCUACCCCAUACCCCCAUAAAAAAAUCAACCACAUCAAGACUUCUAAAUCUCAUCGCCACUUUGUCUAUGCUCCUCUUUUCUAAUGCCUUUCCGCUUGCUUCUCUCUUUCACUGUACAUCAUAUAAAUACACACAAUUUUCCUUUUAUAAAUACAAAUGCUAUAACAACAUUCUUCCCCUUCAUCUUAUUGAGUGAAAAGAAGAUUGUCAUGUCAAUCCAACUUAUACAUCGUGUUU